AUGAAGACCUCGUCCAUCAUCGCCCUCACAUGCAGUGAGCUGGCAGCCUGCACCGUCCUCUGGGACGGCCGCUUCAACGACAUGACCACGUCGGUUGACCUGGACAACUGGUCGUGGGCGAACCAAGUCGGCGAGUACCAGUGGUACAUCCACGGCGACGGCGUCACGACCGACUACGUGAACCUGUCGCCCGACUACAAGAACCCGGCCGACACGGGCUCGGAACAGGGCGUCAAGAUGACGCUCGACUCGACCGCGUACUGGAACGGCCAGACCAUGCGCCGCACCGAGCUGAUCCCGCAGACGACCGCCGCCAUCAACGCCGGCACCGUCUGGUACCACUUCAGCAUGAUGCGCGAGGACACCAACGCGCCCUCCGUCAACCGCGAGCACCAGAUCUGCUUCUUCGAGAGCCAUUUCACCGAGAUGAAAGCCGGCUGGCUGAGCGGGUCCAGCGGGACGUCUGACACGAACCUGCGCUGGAUGGCGAACAGCGUGUCGCAAUGGGACACCGAGUUCACGGCCGGCGUGUGGCACAACAUUGCGUAUGAGAUCGACUUCACCGGCGGUACUGUCGGGUUCUGGUACUCGACCGGCGCCGAUGACCUUGUGUUGACCGUCGAGCCUGUCUCCGUUUCCGCAUCCAGCAAUGGCGCUGAUUGGCAUCUGGGUGUCCUGGAGCUGCCCAGAGACGGGCGCUUCAAGUGGAGGAGACACAUCCUCGAGCAGCACCACACAGGCUGGCACGACAGUCGGCAGUACCAGCACCCAGACCACGCUGCAAACCUCGACGACCAAGGUCUCGACAGUGACUACGACAGCCGCGCCCGCAACCGCGACGACAUCGGCGACGGCACCGGCCGCGACGACUACUUCGUCAGCGUGCUCGGUGGCCCAGACUUGAACGACUACUAUUCCCAGUGCUUGUAG